AUGGCUCAGGCCAACGACCUUGCGAUUUUUCGUCGUUUCUUACCAUUGCACAGCAAGAAUAUAUUGUUAUACGAGUCACAGAUCGUUCACAAGCAAAGAGACCUCAUUGAGGCAAUCAAAAAAGAUCGGGAAUCUACUGAUGAACUAAGGAGAAGCUUCGCGUUCGACAACCAUGCAAUGUUGACCGCUCCAAGCCCGCCAGAUGAAGCGGCAAAGGGUCAAAAAGAGAUAUGGCAUGAGCUCCGUCCGCUACUCAAAGAAUACAGCACGUAG